GACGGGGCGGCGCAGGUGCCGUGAAUGUGCCUCCGGCGGAGGGCGGCUAGCCCUGAGCCCAGCGGCUCCGUAGCGGGGGAUUGUGGGAUGCCUGAGAAGCCAGCCAGCGGAGGGCAGCGCGCGCACUCGCUCUCUCUCUCUCUCUCUCUCUCUCACACACACAGAGUCAGCUCCAGAGGCAGGCAGGCAGAGAGACAGACAGCCAAGCAGCCAGGCAGGCAGUAUGUGUUGGCUCGCCAGGAAAAGGAAAGGAGGCAGGAGGCUUGGGGCGCCCCUGUAAUGUAGCCCGCAGGCCCACGGGGGAAGGCAGCCCAGCCGACGCCGACUAGCACCAUGUCUUUCAAAGAGAUCAAGGCAGCAGCAGCAGCAGCAGGAGGAGGAGGAGGAGGAGAGAAAGCCAAGCACGCCGAGGACCAUGGCAAAAAGCAGAGCUCCAGUUGGAUCAACGGCAUGGAGAGCAGCAGCAGCAGCAGCUCCCAAGCCAGCACCUCUGGCGAGAAGAAGAACCACCAUUGGAAAAGUUACAAGUUGAUUAUUGACCCGGCGCUGAAAAAGGGACAGCAUAAACUCUAUCGCUACGAUGGGCAACAUUUUAGCAUUCCUAAUUCAGGUCUUGCCCCAGUGGAUUGUGUCAGAGAUCCCAGGAUAGGACGAAUAUGGACCAAAACUAAAGAGCUGGAACUCUCUGUCCCCAAAUUUAAGAUCGAUGAAUUUUACGUGGGGCCAGUGCCUCCCAAGCAGGUCACUUUUGCCAAGCUGAAUGACAACAUCCGCGAAAACUUCCUGGCAGACAUGUGCAAAAAGUAUGGUGAAGUGGAAGAAGUGGAGAUCCUCUACAACCCCAAGAACAAGAAGCACCUGGGGAUUGCCAAAGUCGUCUUUGCCACGGUCAAAGGAGCCCGGGAAGCAGUUCAGCACUUGCACAACACUUCGGUCAUGGGCAACAUCAUCCACGUGGAGUUGGAUACUAAAGGUGAAAAGCGCAUGCAUUUUUACGAACUCCUUGUGAAUGGACUCUACACUCCUCAGACCCUACCUGUGGAGACUGAGCCAGAGGCAUCUUCUCCUGUGAACGAAACUCUUCAGUUGGCUGAUACCCUGAAACGUCUAAAAGACAGUAGCCUUUCUUCUGUGGGAUCAUCAGCUACCCCCAACAGUAGCACCCCAUUUUCACAUGAUACUGCCUUUUCCAGUUGUCGGCAAGAUACACCCAACUCUUUCACCCAAUUUACGCCUCAGUCCCAAGGAACCCCUCUCACCCCACGCCUGGGGACUCCGUUUUCCCAAGAUUCUGCAUACUCUAGUCGCCAGACCACGCCAGCGUACCAUUUUGGACAGGACUCUGGAUAUAAACCCAGGAGACAUGAAACAAAAUUUACAGAUGCGUAUAAUCGACGCCCAGGCCAUCACUAUGUUCAUAACUCAGCGGGUGCUUUUCGGGGGUCAGAACAGUUCAGUGCAUUCAAGUCCCAUCAACAAGAGACUGUGCAAUUUCCCCACACUUCUCCUUUGAGCCACUCAGGUUCUUCAACGUUCAAAUCCGCCUUCUCCCCAUACCAAGCCCCAACGACAUAUCCCCAGCCUGAAGAACCACAGUUUGCUCAAACCUCUAGGGAGGUAGAGUACCGACGGCCACCUCCACCACCAACAGAGACAGUAGUUGAAAGUAGCUCAGUCACCACGGUUGAUUUUGUGCCUGUAAAGGAAAAACCUGAGGAACCCCCACCUUUGCCAGAGUCCAAAAGUCUUAAUGAAUCAACAACAGUGGCAUCGUUCUCACAGACACCAGAAAGGAGUGAGACCCCAGGAACCCCGACCACAGAAUCUGAAGUUCAGCAUAACAGUUUAGACUCACGGAUUGAGAUGCUCCUAAAAGAGCAGAGAACAAAGCUCUAUUUUCUCAGUGAGCAUGACUCUGACAAUGAAAUUCGAAUGGAAGGUAGUCCCAUCUCAUCAUCCUCUUCCCAGCUUUCUCCAAUUCCCAACUUUGGUUCCAACUCCCAGCCCAGCUACAGAGCACAAACACCUUCCUCGCGUCCUUCUAGCACUGGCUUGGAAGACAUUAGCCCAACGCCAUUGCCAGAUUCUGAUGACGACGAGCCGAUUCUUGGAACGGCUUCUCUCAUUCAGAAUGCAAGAGGCACAUCAGAUACUAGCAUGACUCUUGUUGAUCAGCUGAGCAGGACAUCCAAAACAGAGUCCGCUGAGGCUAAAGAAAUGCUGCCUGCUAAUGAUAGUCCAACUCUGGAAAAAAUGGAAGAGUGUCAUCAGUCUUCAGGGGAAGACAUGGAGAUCUCUGAUGAUGAAAUGACCCCAUCUCCGAGCACAGAAUGUGCCAAAAACAUUGUGGUGAACACCUCCAUUGGCAACUCGGCUGUGAUGGCUCCUUCGAUCCCCAUGCCGCCACCUGGUUUUCCUCCUUUGCCUCCCCCGCCACCCCCGCAGUCAGUUUAUCCAAUGCCGCCACCUCUCCCACCGCCACCUCCACCAACUCACCCGGCAGUCACUGUCCCACCUCCGCCCCUUCCGGCUCCCCCUGGGGUUCCUCCUCCACAUAUAUUGCCUCCACUCCCUCCAUUCCAUCCUGGAAUGUUCCCUGUCAUGCAGAUGGAUAUGAUCAGCGUCUUGGGCAACCAGUGGGGUGGCAUGUCAAUGUCUUUUCAAAUGCAAACCCAGAUGUUGAGCCGCCUGAUGCAAGGGCAGAACACGUACCAGUACCCCCCUUUCCUAGGGAAUCGGAUGCAGUUUGUGAACCUUCCUCCUUACCGACAUUUCUCCAUGGGGACAUCUGUCAACCGUGGGCAACAGUGGCCACCUUUGCCCAAGUUUGAUCCCUCUGUUCCUCCUCCGGGUUAUGAGCCCAAGAAGGAAGAUCCACACAAGGCCACUGUCGAUGGUGUUCUCUUGGUGAUUGUGAAGGAACUUAAAGCAAUAAUGAAAAGAGAUUUGAACCGGAAGAUGGUGGAGGUGGUGGCCUUCAGAGCAUUUGAUGACUGGUGGGACAAGAAAGAGCGUCUAGCAAAGGCAUCGCUUACUCCAGUCAAAUCUGGAGAAAAUAAAGAUGAGGAAAAGCCAAAACCAAAGGACCGCAUCACAUCUUGUCUUCUGGAGAACUGGAACAAAGGAGAAGGGCUGGGUUAUGAGGGGAUCGGUUUAGGCAUUGGCUUACGAGGGGCCAUCCGGUUACCAUCUUUCAAGGUGAAGAGAAAGGAGCCACCUGAAGCUGCCUCGGCUGGAGACCAGAAGAGACUCCGGCCCUCUACUUCAGUAGAUGAUGAAGAUGAAGAAUCUGAACGAGAUCGAGAUCUGCCUGAUGCAACAUCAGACCUUUCCAAGAAGGAUGCAGAAGCUGUAGGUCUAAGAAGGAGACCUGGCAGGCCAUUGGAACUGGAUAGUGAAGGAGAGGAGGCAGACUCAGGAAAGGAGGAAGAUGAGGAGGAAGAAGAAUCUUCUUCAGAAAAGGAGGCAGAGCAGGAGGAAGAGGAAGGGGUGAUGAAAUCAACUUCUGACAAGGAAGAGGAGGAAGAGGAAGACAUCAAGGAAGAGGAGGACGAGGAGGAGGAGGAUGGCGAGGAAGACGAUGAAGAGGCUGAAACAGAAAUGAGCGAAAAGGAAGGGGAUCAGGAUUCCGAAGAAGAUGAUGUUGGAAGUCCUGUCUCAUCCAGAGCAGCUGAAUCAUCCGAUGAAAGUGAUGAGUCCUCAGUUGGGACAAGCUCUGACUCUGAUGAUGAAGAUGAUGAGAUGAAGAGGAAGGAAGAAGAGGAGGCAGAAGAGGUGGAAAGCUCUGAGGAACUAGAAGACAUGAAGGGUAUCUCUACGGCAAGAAAGAAAGAAGACACUGUGCCCACUGAGCUAACCGCAGAGUCACUCAUUAAAGACCCUGAAAAUGAGGAUGAAAAAGAGACCAUCCUGGAAUUUCCAGUGGAUGACUAUUGGAAGGUACUCCUUGGUGCUAGGAGCGCUCCCAUGCCAGAAGGAGCGAAACAGAAGGAAGGCAUCAAGCAACCCGAUGAGGAAACUGGUUGAUGUGCCGAGGUCCUUGCUGCAGAAGUGCUGGUGGUUAUUGAGAGCCAGGAGGAAAAGCUACAGUUGUCCCCAGUCUGUGUGCCAGCCUCAGUAGAGGAGCCUGAUCCAAAUAGUGAGCAAGAGCCUGAGAUGCUGGAUGGUCCAAAACCAGAGACUCAGGAUAAUGAAACCGUCCGUCCACCAACAUCAGUGGGGCUAUUUGGAGAUAUCUUACCCAGCAAGACCUCCUUCUUCCCCAAACCUGAGGACAGCAAUUUAUAUGCUCAAGCAAAAGCCAAGCUGCCAUCCACAGCCGAGGAGGAAGAUCAGCUUCCUCGGACUCCAGGGAGGGAAGUGCUGUCUCACUUGGAGUCUCCCACACUUCCCCUUGAUGUUGUGCCAUCCUGUUCGCUUCCCUUGCCCUCAGUAAUGUCAGGCAAAGAGGAACUAUUGCUCCUUCCUGACAGGUUCCCUGAUCAAUUAACUGUGACCAAACCACCACUGGAGGAAGAGCUGCCUCGGACGCCAGGCCGGGACAUUUUAGCAAAGUGCUCACACAGCCUUUCGAAGUCUCAGAGCACGGACACUGUCCCAGCCACACCUGGCAGUGAUGCUCCUCUCACAGGAAGCAGCUUGACUUUAAGUUCCCCACAAGUCCCAGGAAGCCCUUUUUCCUACCCAUCCCAGUCCCCUGGCAUCAAUAGUGGUGGCAUUCCUCGGACUCCUGGGAGGGAUUUCACUUUCACACCGACGUUUCCAGAGCCUGGUGCUACCCUGCCUUGCCUUUUGUCUGGCAAGAAGCCCUCUGAGGAUGAACCUGAUGAGAAGGUCUUUAAAGAACCUCUUAGUACUUCCCUACUGGCUGGUGCGAACAGUGUUCCCUCCCCUAUUCCCUUUGCCAGCCCUCCGGUCCCAGCUUUCCAUGCCCAUAUAGACUUACCGCCCAACCAGUCAGUACCUCUUACUGUUCAGCCUUGCUUGUUCAUGGACUCAAAGAUGUCUCUAGAGGAACAUAGCAUGGACACACAGCCCCUCUUGUCCUUCACCUCAGAACAGCCCAUGUCUUCUCCACCUCUCCCUCCUGCGCCACCCUCAUCUGUCUUGCCCAUCAAAAGGAAGCCAGGUCGGCCAAAACGAUCCUCUCCAUUGGGCCCUAUGUUGGAUGCCUAUUCCAGCAAACCCAUUGAGCCACCUCUUCUUCCCAUCCCAGUUGCCUUGACUGAAAGUGCUGUAAACAAAGAGUUGUUGAGUAGCCAUCCAGAGGCUUUCUACCCCCUGAAAGACCCUGAAACAGUGACCCUGGAUUUCCGGAAUGACUGCUUCCACGACAAAGUCGCCCCAGAUGUUUUAGCUGAGAAGCUUCCCUUCAAGGAGCUGGAGAACCAGUGGAAUGAGGACCUCAAAGAGGAUGAGGCUUACCUGAAGUGCAAGAGACAGUGGAGGCGGCAGAAAAAGAGGCCAGAUGACAUCCCGACAAUUCCUUCCCCGGAGUAUUCCCCACAACGGUAUCACUUUAGGCCCCGCUCUGAGUUUGAGGAAAUGACUAUUUUAUAUGACAUUUGGAAUGGAGGGAUAGAUGAGGAGGAUAUCCAUUUCCUCUGCAUUACGUAUGAUCACUUGUUGCAGCAAGACAAUGGCAUGGACUGGCUGAACGAUACCCUGUGGGUAUACCAUCCUCCAACCAGUUUCUCUACUGUGAAGAAGAAGAAACGAGAUGAUGGAAUGCGGGAACACGUUACAGGCUGUGCACGAAGUGAAGGCUACUACAAAAUUGACAAGAAAGAUAAGCUGAAAUACCUCAACAAUAGCCGUGCAUUUGCUGAGGAGCCUCCAGCUGAUACACAGGGAAUGAGCAUCCCUGCCCAAGUACAUGUUUCGACCCGGGCAGGCUCCGAGAGGAGGUCAGAGCAACGCAGGCUUCUGUCGUCCUUCACUGGCAGUUGUGACAGUGACUUGCUCAAAUUCAACCAGCUCAAGUUCCGGAAGAAAAAGCUAAAAUUUUGUAAGAGUCACAUUCAUGACUGGGGACUCUUUGCCAUGGAGCCAAUUGCUGCUGAUGAGAUGGUGAUCGAGUAUGUGGGUCAAAACAUCCGGCAGGUAAUAGCAGACAUGCGAGAGAAGCGCUAUGAAGAUGAAGGCAUUGGGAGCAGUUAUAUGUUCAGAGUUGAUCAUGACACGAUUAUAGAUGCAACGAAGUGUGGAAACUUUGCCAGGUUUAUUAAUCAUAGUUGUAAUCCAAAUUGCUAUGCUAAAGUCAUCACAGUGGAAUCCCAAAAGAAGAUUGUCAUCUACUCGAAGCAGUACAUCAAUGUGAAUGAGGAAAUAACUUAUGACUACAAAUUCCCCAUCGAGGAUGUCAAGAUCCCUUGUUUGUGCGGCUCAGAGAACUGCAGAGGGACCCUGAAUUGAAACCCAAGGUUAUUUGCCACACAUUGACUGUGUCUGGACUGUGGUAACCAAGGUGGUUGCACUUUUGCCAAAAAAGGAGGUGGUAGAAGAAGAAGGAAGGAAGGAAGGGGAGAAGGGGAGACAGAGAAAGAGAAAGAGAAAUCCACUGGGUGGCACAUUCUAUCCAUCCGUCAGGAGAAGUACAAAUUGCAGACGCACACUAAGAUAUCUCAAGCUGCGGUGCUUUUCUUCUUUGGAUCCAGUGCUCCACUCCCCCGCAGAUAGCUCCCAUUAUGCAGUGGCACCAUGAAUCAAAACACUCUUUUCCCCACUCUGCUCACUCCGUAAUGGCACAGCUCUCAUGGGUAUAGUAAGGUACCUUUGUAUUGUUCAAAAACGUUCCUCUUUACAUACAGCGCUGCUACAUUUCUGUCAUUCAUUUUGUUUUGGGAUGGGCGGAGGGAGCAGGGGAAAGACAUUCAGCUUUUUAAAAAUGUGAAGUAGAGUGUGUGAGUGUAUUUGGGGGGUGGGGGUGCGGGUGUCCCUGUGUGGAGUGGAAGCUAGCUGGCAUAGCUGUCACGUGAGCAUCAGGCGCUUAGUCUCCAGUGCAGGCUGGGGAUUUCUGUGUGAGUUUAUUGAACACAGUUGCCUCUUCUCCUGUUUCUGGAUCAGAGGAAGGUCCAAAAUACUGAGAUUUGACGUAAGGUUGCCUUCUCAAUGUUCCUGUGCACUCUGCUGGUCCUCUCGUGGAGGGAGUGUCCAAAGUAGCUUUAGGACCUAAGAGGGGAGAAACUGUUGGCUGUGCCAGGCUUAUAAUGAAGAGGACACUAACCUUUCCUUUUGAAAAGAAAAGUAGCAUUUGCUUGUUUUCCCUUCCCUGUAGCCUUGCUUUAUGCUGUCGCAUUCUUUGGCCAGGCUCCCUGAAGCCUUGCGGUCAGGCGCCCUCUAUUCCAAUCGGUGAGGCUUCCAGGAGAAACCAUCACAAACACUCUCAAGAUGAACCAGGGCUUCAGAAUGACAGGUUGUGAACUAGGGCAAGAUCCUUGAGUGGCACCAAAAACCAAAACCAAAGGCUACUUUUCUUCCCUUGAUGGUUUUCAACCAUCACCUCUUCCUGAUGUGGUCCUUUAGUAGUCAACUCAUCAUCUUAAACACUAUCUCUGUAGGUUUCUUUCUUCAGAAAUACUCAGAAGAUUGCUUGCAGGUUUUAUCAUCCUCAGCCAAGCUUGCUUGGUGGCUAAUCUCUGCUUCUUUUCAAUUAGUUCAUGAGUUUACUGUGAGUGCAUUGGGAGGUGUUUGUAUGCUGAGAGCAGCACUUCUGUGGCCUGAAAAAGCAAUACUUUCUUAAUGCUGACUUUCUGCAGCAAGCAAACCAUAAUCAAAACAAUCUAAAACAUGUGUCCUACACAAACAUUGCAACUCACGUGCAAACAACGGAGAAAUUAAUGGGGAUUUUUCCUUGGAAUUGCAACCCAAGCAAGUGGAGGAGUGAAAUGUUCGGUUUGAAACAGGGAAAAAACCCAAACGUGUGAGGGCAAAGGACCCUUUUUUAAAAAUUGAUACAAGUUUGUUGAGAGAGUGACGUGGUGAGGAAACGAUGAAAUAUUUGCCCAUUUUUCAGUACUCGUCUGUCUCUUGCUCCAGGAAUGAAUUUACUGGACUUGAAGCUUAGUUUGCUAGAAAGGACCAGAGCCUGCAUAAAUACUGUCUCAGUCAGGUCUAUCUCCUCUUCCCUGCUUCGGACAGGUCUUAACAUUUUGUGACCUGUGUUCUCUCGACAGAACCUUCUCAAAGCACUUCCCAGAGACAGUAGAGUUUUUCUAGCAAGUCUAACAAUCACUUAGUAACUGCCUCUCCCAGCUUGAUGGCCUACAAAAGUGGAUGGGAUAUCCCUUUGUAAGUGUUUGCGGGCUGAGAGGAAGAAGCAAACUCAGCUGCCUUCUCUCCUUUUCUAGUCAAGGUGCUUCAUUUCAUCAUGGGCUUGCUUAGUCUGAAUUAACUUGAGUUUGGAAGUGAAAGAUAAGACUCUAUGAGAAGUUGGUUGGAUUCACCAAUGUCGCAUUUCUUUGGUACAGUUUUCUGCCUUCUUACAAUGCCUCCUCUGUUCUGUGUCUUUUUUUUUUUUUUUAACGCUUCCAGUCUUUGAGAAAAGCCACAUCCAUUUAAUCUAAUUCUGCACAGAGCUGUUGUCAGUAAGCAAGCUAGUCCUAUGCUUCUGGCCGUCCCUUACUCUCCUUCCAUGCCACGAGUGCAAUUCACAAGGAGCGUAUCCUCUGCAAGCAGACGGGUGGGAGCUUGUGCAGGGGCAGUGCCCUGUGAAUGAGCUUGGCUGUUCAUCCUGCCAUUUUUGUGUUUAGCAAAUGCCUGGAAACCAGGUUUCCUUGGGUGAGCGCAGCACCACUAGGACACCUGAAACAAUGUCUUGGUGUAAAAGCUGCCUGUCACACACACACACACACGCCACCCCAAAUACCAACCUGGCCAUGAGAAGGGCGCGAGGGAGGAAAUGUUCUCUGCGAAGCCUUUGCCUGGCUUUGGGGAGAAUUCUUCCAAAGUAUUUGUCUGCAUACGCACAAGCACAUCCCGAAUCCUAAAUCCAAAGUACUUUGGGACUCCCCCAGUCAGCACUCUGUUCCUUGCAGGGCAAGAACUCAGGGGUGAAGCUACUCUGCUUGUCUGCCUCCAGUUCAGAUGAGUACAGCUUAAAAAGAGAUUUCUGGAAGGAAGAGUAGCCCACACUAGAUCUAGAAAAAGCAAGUGCAAAAGUGACCUUCUGGGCUUCCCCCUAACCUUGCCCUUGAGAGGAGUGCCAAAGUCUUGACAAUUAACUGGAUGCCUUGUCCUUUCUGCUCCAAGGAGGGCAAGGUGUAUCGCUUGGCAUCCGUAGAGCUUUUCACACUGGCAUGAUCCAGCCAAUGCAUCUCUGUGCUUUGAAUACCAGCCUGCUUAGUUUCAUACAAUCGUUUCUCUUUCCCAUCUGCCUUCUCCCUGGUUUGAGGUUAAACUGGGGGAGUUCAGAGGGAGCCAGUCCCAGAGCCAAUAUUUCUAUUAUCAAAGCAGCUUAUUUCUACAGUGGGGGGGAGAUGAUCAUUUUUAAAUUCUGAUGCAAAGUAAUUUCAGUUUUUUUUCCAUUUGUGACCUAUAUUCAGGGAUCAUUUCAGUGCUUUUUCUGUAUAAAACGUUUGUUUGGUUGUGUGUGUGCGUUUUUGUUUGUUUUUUUUUUAAAAAGAGGGAAAUUAAAUUUUGACGUCUCAAAUGGACACAUCAUCUGUACAUAAGCAACUGUUCUUACUCUUCUCUUCAAACACUUGUUUCUUGUAGAAACAUGUUGAUUUUGGUUUUUGUUUGUUGGGAGGGCUGUUUUGUUUGUACUUGGAAAGCAUGUACAUAAUUUGUUUUAAAAAUGACUAUUGUAGUUUGGAGUUCUUUUUUAAAAGAUUGCCAGGCUUGAGACCUCAAGGAGAAAGAGUGGAAGUUUGGGAGUGGGACACACUGAGGGAAAGCGCUGGCACUAUUUACAGCUUGUGUCAAGCUAUGUAUAAUGUAAAUUCUGUACAAAAUUAACUUCCUUUUUGGUCAAAUACGUAGAUCAAACUAGAAGCAUUAAGAAGCUGAAGAAUAUAAAAAGAAAAUGCCAAGUGGAGGCUUUUUUUUUUAUUUGCCUUUUGGAUACCUUAACGUGCAAAAUCUAUUUAUUUCAGACAAGAAAAUGUGUAUAGUCUAUUAAUGACAACCUAAAACGUAUUUAAGCAAAACUGCAACUUUUGAUUUUAUUUUAUUUUUUUCCAAUUUAAAAUUUCAUUUCUUGUAUGUUCCUUCUCAAUUUACCAACGUAGUAUUUGUGGAAACGAAAAGGAAAAUGCAUCAGCCGUGCUCGGGAGCUCCGUGGUGCUCCGAUGCACAUGCACAGCUCCGCGUGAGAAGGGCAUUCCCGCACCGACAGAGGAAUGCCCUGCCAAUGGUGAAGCUUCAUGUGCAAAUGUGGGGCUCUCAGAUUCUCACUGGAGCUGUUGGGAGGAAGCAGUUGUUUUGGGGUGGGAAUGGGAACAGAAAUAACGCUAAAUCCAGGAGGUAAUUCUUCAGAUGAAAAGCUGAGGAGGGGGAAACCUUGGUCCUUAUUGUUCCUGUUUCAUGAAUUCUGUAAAGAUACUGGUUUUUAAUUUGCGGUGUGGAGAAUAAAGACCUCCUUCAAAAGGGGAAAGGAAAAUGGUUUGCAAUAAAUUACAUCUGUUUUUUUAUAUUCACUUCAACCAACAACAACAACCCAGAAUUAAAUCGCUUGCCUUUGGAGAUUUAGGAAUUUUUAAAACUUCUGUUCCCUUUUGUUUUUUUAAACAACUGUAUAAAUUUAGGACUAUUCUGUGCAUCUAGGCGCUGUCAUCAGUAUGUACCUUGUUUUGAAGAACGUGGGUUUUUUUUUGUUGUGGGUGUGUCAUGCUGUAAAUAUUUGUUCAUAUUUUUUUGUGAAUUGAAUACUAUGUACCAUUGUAUUAUAGUAACUUUUAUAAAGCAAACCAUAAAUAUACUGACCUUUCUUACAAAAAAACCCCACCUUGUUUGGUUCAUUGGUGCCAAAAUAAUAAUUUCUGGACGGACCAGAGGCCUAUCGGGGCAGAACUUUGGAGCAAGAGACUUGUGACCAUAGGUGUAAUGCCCUUCCAAGCUUGGUUCAAAAGUAAGUAAUCAUACCAUCACCUGCAUAGUAUGCUGUUUUCAUCGAGCUG